AUGUCGCAACCCGAAGAGAGCCAACCGAUGGAUUCGCAACCGACGCCGUCGCAAGGCGCCGUCACCCUUCCCGAAUACGCCGCGCCAGAGUGGUUGAACUCCGCGGGCGCGAGUCAGCGCGGGUUCUUCAUCACGCGACAAGGCGCGAGCGAAAUCGCGCUCGCGAGCGAUGAAGCGCAGAAAAUCAUCGAAAGCGCGGCGCCGGAGUGGAAGAAAGGACACGGCAAGGACGACGCGAAGCCGUACGAGAGCGCGAAGAUUGUUUCGUUGCCCGACGUCGACAACGCGGCGUACGUCGCUUUGGAACCGAGCGAUUGUUCGACGGAUGUCGGCGCGUUGGCGACGUGGAUCGUCGAACAAUUGGGCGAAGGCGCGAAAUUCUUGCAACGUCCAACGCACAUCAGCCGCAUGAUUCCCGUCGAGGGCAUUUCGGGUGAGCUGGAUCUCGUCGCGCUCGCCGCAAACGUCUUGCCGAAACAUUUCGACGCCAUCCGUCGUCGCGGUUUGCGAUCGGCGACGUACGAGGUGAUUUACGAGGAGUUGCAUCCAUCCGUGCACUUGUUUCCGAGCAUCGUGAACGCGGCGAUCGGGGACUGUCUGCCGGAAGGAUACGAGAUCGAUCUCAAAAAGCCUUCGCACUCGAUCAUUUGCGUCGUCGCCGGCGCGACGGCGUUCAUGUCCGUCGUCGAGCACUAUCGCGAAAAGUCGAAGCACUUCGCGUUGCACAAAGCGUUGAGUGCGGCGGCGUGA